AUGAUUAUUGACGCGGAGAAUGACUUGGAUAAAACCAGGGACAGUCUUUGCCCACAACAAGGAGGUUUGUUAGAAAGAGAAGCCCUUCAUCCUCUCUUGCUGAUAGUUUAAAUAUAUUUUGCCUUCCAUUUGCGGGUUUCUGAUAAGUACGUGGCAAGUUUCCUCUUCAAUUAACUGCCAUUUACAGAAAAGAAAAGUUACGCUAAAAAUUAAAGCAGCUGAUUAUGGACUUAACUUUACUUAACACAAGUUUGAGUUUUAUGUCUACCUUAUGGUCGUCGUACAGAUUUGUGUCCAUUUUGAAGUAAGAUUGUUCAUAUCAAUUAAUCAUUGUCUUUAAAACAUCCCUAAAACAUUAAGGGCCUUUUGCAUUAAAAAUUCAACACCACACAUACCAGAACCUUGCAAUAUUAUUUUCCGUCAUAUCUAAGGUCCUUGACUUAAAUGAGGGCAGUUUCGAUAACUUGAGACUGUCAGUCUCCUCUUACUAUGUUUUUGGUACUUUAGCAUUUGCAGGCAGAUGUACCAAUAUCCGUGCGGUUGGUAAGCCUGUGACUCAUCACACCCGCAAGUCCACACAAGGAGCCUGGAUGAAAGAUCCGCUCGGAAUCAUGGGUAGUGAAACUAUAUUCGUAAUGGAGUCAUAUACCGGAAGAGACGUGCUUGAGGAGUUUGAAAAUAUGGCCAAGUUUAAAGCUGGAAUAACUCGUAAGACCUACAAACUUCCUUAUCAGUGGGACGGAACUGGAGGAGUGGUUUAUGGACAAUAUCUUUACUACAACAGGUUGGUAGUUGUUUCCCGUGUGCCACCAGCUAAUAAAAAGUGAAACUAUUUUUGGUAAAAGUCCUGUUGUGUAUUUUCCUUUUAUGAGAGCUCUCAGGCAGUCGUAAUUGGCUAGAUCUGCAUUUCUGCUAUUCCCAUUGGACUUAAGUAGGUGAAUUCUUUAGGUCAACGUAUUAAUCAAAUAUUCAAAACCAGCAAAAUUUUUCUAGCCACAUCGUAUAUUUAAAAAUUAAGACCCAAAUACCCGAUGUUCUUCGGUAACUAUUCUGCUUUAGUCAUGUGAGGUGUUACCACAAUUAUGUAACUAAAAUGGCCUCCUUUACUGUGAAACUCACAAAACCGUGAACACCAGAAAUAUUUAUUUUGUUUAUAUUUGUGGAAUGUUAUUCUGUUGCGAGGAAUUAGCCAAUGAGGAGCGAGAAAACCAAACCGCAAACACCAACAGUAAUUUAAUAGUUUGUGGUUUUGAGGUUUGCUCGCAUGUCCUGAACUUUAUUGUGAUUGGCCAGUACACAAUCAACAUUUCUGAAAUUUUUCAGGUGUUCAUGGUUUUCGGACUUUGACAGUAAGUAAAUCCUGGAAAACUUUAUAUAAAGCCAUUUUUUUUUUCUCUCCUUGCAAGGGCUAAUACAAACUUCAUUGUCAAGUUCAAUCUGCGCUCAGGGAAAGAGAACGCCCAAAUAAGGAUAAGCGAUUACACGCCAAGGAAAAACACAUACGGUUGGGGUGGAUACAGUGGAGUGGACUUGGCAGUUGAUGAAAAUGGAUUAUGGGUAUUAUGGGGUAGUACUGGAAACAGCUAUCGUCUUUAUGCUUCUAAAAUCAAUGUGCAAAAAAAUUCCAUAACCCAUACUUGGAGUUUGGAUACAGGUAUGAGUACCUUAAACAGAUUUUUAAGGAAAACAAAUAGGUAGUCAUUUGAUGAACACUUAGCGUGGGCAGGGUUUUGUUUACAAGUGGCUUAUCUUCUAAGUAGAACAUUUUUUUUCAAGAUUGGGUUGUAAGCCUUCUUGAUCAUGAUUGUUAACAGCAAAAGUUAUCAGAUCAGGGCUGGCAAAAUUGAGAACUGCUUUGCUUAUACAGCCGUUUUCACAAUUCAUCGUAUUAAUAGGCCUCUUUUAAAACUUAUUCCAACUUAGAUCCAUGUUAAUACUGUGAGUUUUAUUUCUAUAUUGCUUUAGAAAAGAUGAGCAGUAUGGGAAACGCGUUUGUAGCCUGUGGCGUGGUUUAUUGUAUCGACAACUAUAGUUCAAAGUCCACAACCAUCAACUUUGCGUACGACACCAAGACUGGAAAACAGUGGAACCCCAACAUUCAGUUCACCAAUCAGUACCGCUACAACUCCAUGGUGGACUACAACCCCAGAGAAAAAGUGCUCUACGCCUGGGACAACACUAAACUGGUCACUUAUCCCAUCACCUUUAACUAAAAUUAGGUUCGUUAUGUGAUAAGCAGGUGAUGGGUUUUAAAAUGCUCAUAAUAUAACAAGGCUUCUUUAUAUGUCAUAUAAAAUAGACGAUGAUAAGCUGAGUCAUGAUAGUUCUCUUUAGCAAGCAAGUUUUGUACCCCUUUCAUCACAAAACACAAAACUACUCGGGCUUCAAUACCCCCAAAAGGGGCAUCAAUGUUUAACUCAACACGAUGACUCAUGUUUCAUCAAUGAUUCUGAAACCCAACUAUACAAACCCCACAGUGACGACGGCUAAUGAUUCCCCAUGUUAUUAAGCUCACGGACAAUUUUAUGAAAACUAUAAUAUGCGCCAGCCCUCAAAUUUAAGCAUGUAUUAUAGUGCUGCGAAAUUAAGCUGGGGAGACGAUCAGAUUUGAGUUGUUAUCAGAAAGACGAGUGUUGAAGUAAAAAGUGUCAACGGUAUUUUUCAUGAUAAGAAGCAAAUUCCUUAGAAUUCAACGAUAACUGCUAAUAUGAUUGUUUUUAAUCAGGCGAGUAUAGUCUGAGGUUUUUCCAGAUAUUUACUGUUGGGUUUCAACUAUUUCCUGAGCUUCACUAAUUAUCCUUCUUUCAUUGUUUCUUAGCUUGAAAAAGAGAGAAUAGUAACUCAAAAUAAAUAAAACCCACUUGUUGUGAAGUGGCCAACAUUUGCAUGCACGAGUAAAAUUUAAUUUUAACUGCUGUUAGCGCUAAAAUGCUUAAAUAAAGGUGAAAAAACGAC